GUGAGGCUGCAAUCCCAUUAGGAUGAGCGAGGUGAGUCGCGCUCGCUGCUGCAACCGGCGUCCCCCUCAAUGGCUUCAUGUCUCAUCACUCUCCUCACGCCCAUGGUGCCAACAUCCAGCUCACCUCCUUCGCCCGGUCUCUGCAAGCCACAUGCCUUCGCUCAUGCUACCAAUUUCUUCCCUGUCCUCUCCUCCCCCCGUGCCCUUUCCUCUGCCUUCAGAGGCCACCACCAUUUUAGGGGUAAUGGUACCAUGAGGAGGAGGAGGAGGAGAUUGGUGGUGAGGGCUGGGCCCCCUAGCACCAACAGCCUUAUCUUUGCCUUCGUGCUCCCGCUUUCCCUCCUCCUCGGCACCAUCUUCACUGCCGCGCGUGUCGCCGACAGGCUCGACGAGAAGUACCUUGAGGAGCUCGCGAUGAAUAAAGCGAUCAUGGAGGAAAAGGAAGCAGAGGAGGAUGAUAGUGACAAGGACGGAAAAGUGGCGGCAGAAGAAGAUGAAAGCAUUUUGCCGGACGAAGAGGAGGGCGUUGCAGCCGUCCCACGUGUUCGGAACCGCCCCAAGCGAGAAGCACAAUUGUAGGCCGCAUGUGAACUUGGUAGACAGCAGCAUAAUUGGAAGGAGCUUGGAUAUGAUUAUAGCCUAUUAGAUGAUAUUUGCUCCAACAAUAAGCACCAAAAACAUAAUUUGCAUGACCGAGCUCCUGUAACCUACAUGGUGUAAAGAUGAAACUCAAUUAUUCACUUAGCAGUUGGCAUUCUCUAACUAGACAACAUAAAUGGAGGAAGCCGAUGUAUAUUAUUUUGUAUAUUUCUUCAGCGUGGCUAAACAGAAGUAUGAGAAACUUAUAUAUAGGAAUAUUGAUAUCAGUUGGUUUUUGUAUGCACCAAUCUUAAGAUCUCAAAGUUCUUCAUAUUUAUCA